CUUGAAGUUGUAAAGCCUGACAAGCAAGCAGUAGAAAGAUGAGCUCCAGGCACCCACAGCUUCACCUCAUCCUGCUACUGCUUGCAUACUACUGCUCCACCCACACCGCUGCCAGUGGUGGCAAUGGAACCACAAUCCAGUGCCUCCCUGAUCAGGCUUCAUCUCUACUCCAGAUGAAGCGCUCCUUCUUCCACAACCCCAACCUCUCGUCAUGGCAGCAUGGCACAGACUGUUGCCACUGGGAGGGUGUUGGCUGCGACAGGGCCUCUGGUCAGGUGAUCACUUUGGACCUCAGUGAUCGUAACCUGCGGAGCACCAGUGGUCUCAGCCCAGCACUAUUCAACCUCACCUCCCUCACAAAUCUCAGCCUCUCUGGUAACGACUUUGGCCUGACCAGCCUUCCUAGUUUUGGGUUUGAGCGGCUGAUCGAGCUCGUCAGUCUCAAUUUGUCUGAUGCGUGUUUUGCUGGUCAGAUAGCCAUUGGAAUUUCCCACCUCAAGAAUUUGCGUUCGCUUGAUCUUUCCUAUAAUACUGAUUUGUAUCUUCAAGACCCAAGUUUCCAAACCCUCGUAGCAAACCUGAGCAAUCUGAGAGAGCUUUAUCUUGAUAGAGUGAGCAUCUUAAGUGGCGAAGCAAAUUGGUCCGUUGCUUUAGCAGACUCUGUUCCGCUACUACAGAAUAUUAGUUUGUCUACGUGUGAACUAGGUAGUCCGAUCCACCAUUCAUUCUCCCAACUCCGUUUUCUAACAACGAUCAACCUCGCAGAUAAUGAAAUUUCUGGUCAGGUUCCUCGGUUCUUUGCAGAAUUCUCUUUCUUAAGAGGCCUUGCACUUGGGGAUAAUAAUUUUGAAGGGCAAUUUCCCACAAAGAUUUUCCAGCUAGAAAAUCUGAGUCGUCUUGAUGUGUCUUACAAUUUCGGUCUUACUGUGCACCUACCAGAUUUCUCAUCAGGAAAUAAUUUGGAAUAUUUAGAUCUGAGGGCUACAAAAAUUUCGGGUGCCAUACCAGACUCGUUUGUCCAUCUCAAGUCGUUGAAAUUCUUGGGGCUUAGCAGCAUUGAAUCUCCCAAGCAAUACACUACUUCCAUAGCAAACCUUACGUCCCUAAAUGCAUUGUGGCUUUCUGGGUCAGGAAUAGAGAAGCCAAUGCUCUCUUGGAUUGCCAGACUUAAGAACUUGACAGAUUUGAAGCUGGAAGGCUUUGAUUUCUCUGGGCUGAUUCCCUGGUGGAUCAAAAACUGUACGAAUCUGAUGAGCUUAGAGCUCAGUGCUUGCAGUUUAUCUGGGGAAAUACCUACUUGGAUUGGGAACUUGACCAAGCUUUCAUAUUUGGACUUAUCAAAUAAUAUGUUGAGCGGUGAAAUUCCAAAGCUUGGUCAAAUGAACUUGACCAAGCUUUCAUAUUUGGACUUAGCAGAUAAUAUGUUGAGCGGCAAAAUUUCAAAUCUUGGUCAAAUGAAGUUGACCAAGCUUUCAUAUUUGGACUUAUCAUAUAAUAGGCUCAGCGGCGAAAUCCCAAAGGCUUUGUUCGCUCUUCCAUCACUGGAGGCCCUAAUGCUAUCAUCAAAUGAACUUUGUGGAACUCUAAAAGACAUUCCAAACCCCUUAUCUUCCAUCAUGUACUCCAUCGACCUAAGCAAUAACAGCCUUGCAGGUCAUAUACCCAAAUCUUUCUUUGAUGUUACGAGACUUCAACAACUCAAGCUUGACUCGAAUCACUUCCAAGGCACAGUAGAACUUAGCCUUCUUUGGAAGCUCAGGAGCCUUUAUUCAUUGAUGUUCUCCAAUAAUAUGUUAUCAGUGAAAGAUGUUGAGGAUGACUAUCCAUUCCCUUACAUCGGUAACAUCAGAGAACUAGGACUAGCAUCUUGCAACCUUACAAAAAUUCCAGUUGCAUUGAGGUAUACAAAUGAGUUGUCUUCCUUGGACCUCUCAAACAACCGAAUAGAUGGAGUCAUACCAAGUUGGAUAUGGAUGAUUUGGAAGGAUAGUAUAUACUCGUUGGACCUCUCAAACAAUAUGUUCACUUGCCUUGAAAACUCCCCUUCUAUUGUUCAUAUGCACAAUUUAGAAUAUCUCAACCUUAGUUCCAACCAACUGCAUGGCAGUGUGCCCACACCACUCACAGCUAGAAAGUCCGGGGCUAUCUUAGAUUACUCAAACAAUAGCUUCUCUUCUAUUAUACCCGACUUUGGUAGGUAUCUUCCCAACAAUACCCUUUACCUUGAUAUGUCCAGGAAUAAAUUAAGUGGUCACAUACCAAGAUCUAUCUGUACCCAACAUGAUCUUGAUAUACUGGACCUAUCAUACAACAAUUUCAGCGGUGUGGUACCAUCUUGUCUAAUGCAAGGUUACAAUAGCUUGAGUACGUUGAAGUUGAGAGAGAAUCAUUUCCAUGGGAUACUGCCUGAAAAUAUUAUAGAAGGAUGUAUGCUUCAGACAAUAGAUUUGAACAACAAUCUAAUUGAAGGGGAAAUACCCAGAUCACUAUCAAAUUGCCAAGGCCUAGAGCUCCUUGAUGCUGGUAACAACCAAAUUGUCGGUUCUUUUCCAUCUUGGUUGGGUAUUCUUCCACAUCUUCGAGUUCUUGUCUUGAGAUCCAACCAACUAAACGGCGCCAUAAGGGAUAUUAAACGUGAUCAUACAAUCAACAACUACUUUGCAAGUUUGCAAAUACUUGAUUUGGCCUCCAACAACUUUUCUGGAAACCUACCAAAAGGAUGGUUUAAUGAACUCAAAGCAAUGAUGGAAAAUGUCAGUGAUAAGGGACAAGUUCUAGGACAUGAGACAUAUUUAGGUGCACGAUUUUAUCAAGACACGGUUACCAUAACAUUCAAAGGUUCUGAUCUUAGUUUCACCAAAAUCCUAAGCACUUUCAAUGCAAUAGAUUUCUCAAAUAACUCAUUUGAUGGUCCUAUUCCGGAGUCAAUUGGGAGGCUUGUUUCCCUGCGCGGACUUAACAUGUCAUACAACAACUUCAUGGGACAAAUUCCAUUUCAGUACAGAAACUUGUCUCAGCUGGAAGCAAUGGAUCUCUCUUGGAACCAGAUAACAGGGGAAAUACCGCAGGAGUUAACCUCACUUACUUCUCUUGAAUGGUUGAAUCUUUCAUACAAUAACUUGUAUGGAAGAAUCCCGCAAGGAAACCAGUUCUCAACAUUUUCAGACAGUUCAUUUGAAGGUAAUGCAGGCCUCUGUGGAGUUCCACUCUCCAAACACUGUGACAAUCAAAGUUCAAUUUCUCCAACUGGAGUGGCUCUUCCGGAAUCUGAGGGUUUGUGGCAGGACAAACUCGGCGUUAUCCUUUUGUUCGCAUUUGUUGGCUUGGGAUUUGGAGUCGGCUUUGCAUUGUCAUUCUUGUUGCGACUGUAUUGCCGCGUGGAAGGAUGGAUCUCCAAGCAAGCAUGAAUCCAUAUGUAAUAAUAGAGCACUUUUACUAUGUACUGUAUUCAAUUUUCUUCCUGAAAAAACAUAUGCCGUUUGCAUAUAGGUUGUACUUUUUUUGAGGAUGCAUAUGGGUUGUACUUGUUAGAUGAGACAGCUUAAAUAAGCCACUUUUCUGUGGCAGAAGUUACUUGCCUGCUUCCUUUCGUUGGAUUGGAUUGCCAGCACUGAUCAACCUUAUGGUGUAUACAAUUAUUACACAUAAUAUGCAGUGUGUUAAUUA